GAUCUUUCCACAUGGGCUUGAUUGCAUCUCUACAAUUCAUAAGCGACGGAAAGGACAAAAAAAGAAAGAAAAGUAUGAAGGAAGAUAUGUUCGGCUGUGCAUGCAGCACUACAACAAAAAGAAAAAAGCAGAAGAUAACGAAAAAGAAGAAAAACGAAGAUGUUCAACAGAAGAAAAACGAAGAUGUUCAACUCUACAUUUCGCACAACACCAAAAACCAAAUGGAAACGUAGGAAAAAGAGAAAGACACGAUGACCUCUCUAUACAUAUAUAUAUGAAGAGAGAGAGGGCAUCGACAUCGAGAUUCCGACCAUCCAUCCCUCGCCUUAUCCUCCUGCACGUACUUUGUAUAAUAGAGAUUUAUAUGUACUGCGACGAAGAAAUGAACAGAGACAUACCUGAAAAUCAUGAGGGCAUCGACUACGUGAUUCCGACCAUCUUUUCCUUGUCUCACCAUCCUGCGCACAAGAAGGCAAAUUCACAAGAAAAAGAAGCCGCUCUUGCAAACAUGUACGCUGAAAAAAAGAGGCAGAACAACAGCAGAACUUCUUCCAGACCGCGAAGCAAUACAAAGACUACACCGAUCGUCUACCCGUACAUACGUAUAGAGAUACCGUAUCGAAUGAAGCAAGAUCUGCGAUAUUCUCUGAAUACGAGUCCCCGCAUCGUCCAUCUUGCUGCAGCUGCUCGCAAAUGUGCCACACCCGGGAAAUACUGUUGCCGCUGCUGCCGCUGCUGCCUGCUGCUCUUGCUGCCGCUGGUGCUUCUGCUGCGCCCAUACUGCUCCCAUAUGUGCCACACGUAUGGCAGCGGUAGUGGCUGGUCCGACGUGGGCUCCUGCAGCAGUGAAACAGCCAGCAACAGCAAAAGCAGCAGCAGCAGUAGUACCG